AUGCUACGAGUAGCUGCUCGACCAGCCGCCAGCCAACUAUCGGCUCAUGCCGAAUGUCACACGCACAUCGAGACUCCAGAAGAACGCGUCCGGCGCAUCUGGCGAAAUGCCGACGCUGUCGCCUUUGAUGUCGACUCGACCGUCUGCCAGGACGAGGCUAUCGAUGAGUUGGCCAACUUCCUAGGAGUCGGUGAGGCAGUGGCCAACGUCACGCGACAGGCCAUGAAUGGCAAUGCCCGAUUUCGCCAUGCUUUGAAAGCUCGAUUGGAGGUAAUGCGGCCGACGUACGAUCAACUGGAACAGUAUGCCAACGAAACCAAACCAAAGUUAACUCCGGGUAUCCGAGAGCUAGUCGCCUUGUUACACAAACGCGCACGGAUGUCUUCCUUCGUCUCCGUUGGCAAACCAGCCGUGAUGGGUUUGUUGAAGAAGCAGGGAUACAAGCAACUGGUCAUGGUUGGUGACGGUGCCACUGAUCUAGAAGCUGCACCACCGGCUGAUGCCUUUAUCGGUUUCGGGAAAUCGAUAAGAGAAGCUGUACGAACUCGAGCCGAUUGGUAUGUGACAGACUUUGAGAUUCUGCGUAAAGCACUGGAAUGA